AUGUCUACUACAUCUACAGAAAAGAAGACUGUCGUCUUUUUAGGACCCAAAGGAACGUAUUCUCACCAAGCAGCCAUCCAACAAUUUAGUCAUUUAGAUACAAUCAUAUAUUCACCUACUAGUACUAUACCAGAAUGUUUCAGUGAACUAGAAACUAACUCAUCAGUAUCAUAUGCUGCUGUUCCGUUAGAGAACUCUACUAAUGGCCAGGUUGUAUUCUCUUAUGAUCUUUUAAGAGAUAGAAUGUUAGAUGACUCAUGCACUAUAGAUGGACAUCGUAUAAUUCCUCAAUUAGAAGUAAUUGGAGAACAAUAUGUUGCAAUUACCCAUUGCUUAAUUUCUCCUGUUGCUGAUAUCAAACUUAAAAAUAUUGAAGAUUUCAAAUUAGUUAGAGUCUUCAGUCAUCCUCAAGUUUGGGGUCAAGUUGCCAAAUAUAUGAGUAAAUUGAAAAAUCAAUGUCCUAAUACAAAAUUUGAGACUAUAGAUACCAGUUCCACAUCAGAUGCAGUUCUAAGGGCUAUCGAGAAACAAAAAACUGAUCAAACAUCACAACCGGGUGACAUUUUAAAUAUUGCCAUUGCAGGAGAAACUGCGGCACAUCUAUAUGACGCACACAUUGUAGAUGAUGCUAUUAAUGAUAGAUUAGGAAACACAACUAGAUUCUUAAUUUUAAAGAAACUAGAUGAUAAGGAAUAUCCUCCACAACCACCAAACGUCAGUAAAAUGCAUGUGAACUUAUUAAUGUUUACAUUAGAACUAGAUGAUCCUGGUUCCUUAGUAGAUGUCUUAAAUGUUCUUAAAGAAUACUCGUUAAAUAUGUCUUCUAUUAGCUCAAGACCGUACAACAGCGGACAAAAUGAUAGAAAAUGGCAAUAUAUUUUUUAUAUAGAAUAUGACUCUGAUCCUCAAAAUACUAAUAUGAAGACAUUCUAUGAGGAGAUUAAUGAAAGGUGUGUUAAGUGGUGUCUAUGGGGGUCAUUUCCAAGAAAUGAAAAAUAUUACCAAUGA